CGGUGGGUGUAUCUGAUUUUUGUGUUUAUUUCUCUUUGUCGAUACCGUAGUGAUGCGAUUCUUUCGCUUCUUUGUUUAUUUAUUACAGUUAUGGAUCACAUUAUUGUGAUUUAUUGAUCAAUAUAUGUCUGUUUGUAUUCCCCAAUGAUCGUGAGAUGGCCAGCUCUUUCUCCAGACCUUCAGAUCAAGGAGACACAGAAAAGGACAAACUCCUGACCUUUGUGACGGGUUACGGCUCCAGUGACCUCAACGGUGGGUGUCAUGGCAACCCUCCCUCUCUCGAUUUGGGUACAUCAAGGUCACAGCAGCGGGUGGAGGAAGAGGAGGCCCUGAGGAGGAAGUUGAAAUAUUUCUUCAUGAGUCCGUGUGAUAAAUAUCACGCUAAAGGCCGCAAACCCUUUAAACUGGCACUGCAGCUACUAAAGAUCGUCAUAGUAACUGUACAGCUCGUGAUGUUUGGUCUCAGUAAUCAGAUGGUGGUGGCGUUUAAAGAGGAGAACACAAACUCCUUCAAGCAUCUGUUCUUGAGAAAUUAUCUAGAUGGAUCUGAGGAGCCGAUGUGUGUUCACACGCAGAAAGCCGUUCAUGAACACAUCGAGUACGCCAUCGACCAGUAUCUGGCUCUACAGCAGACAUCAGUGGGCAGGUAUGCGUAUGUUCCAGGUGUGGGACUGAAUGGCAGCGCCCUCUAUCUGUGCCAGCGUUACUACAGGAAGGGCAGCAUUGAACCCGUCAAUGACACGUUUGACAUUGACCCUCAUGUCAUCACCGAUUGUAUUGGAGUGAAUCCACCUCCAGAUCUUCCGGCACCACUGCAGAAUGACUACAAGAACAUCACCCUCAAAUUUCAAAAGUUGAUUAACAUCACAAUACAGUUUCAGCUGAAGGCAAUAAACAUCCAGACGAUUAUCAAUAAUGAAAUUCCCGACUGUUACACCUUCUCCAUUACUAUCUUGUUUGAUAAUAAGGCUCACAGUGGUAAAGUGAAGCUCAGUUUGCUCAAUGAGGCGUCCAUUAAAGAGUGCCGAGAUCCCAAUGUGUCUGGACACGCGGACAGUUAUGCACGUGUGGCGUUUGAUGUGUUGGUCGCAGUGGUCUGUGGUUUGUCUCUGGUGUUGUGUGGACGCUCCAUCCUCAGAGGAAUCGUCCUGCAGCAUGAGUUUGUGUGUUAUUUCCGUCAGUCACUGGGUCAUUCGGUGUGUUGGGGUGAUCGUCUGGAGUUUAUUAACGGCUGGUAUCUGCUCCUGAUCAUCAGUGAUAUUCUCACCAUCAUCGCCUCCUUUAUCAAGAUCGCAAUAGAGACCAAGAAUCUGUCGUCGUAUGACGUGUGCAGUAUUUUGAUGGGCACCUCGACUCUGCUGGUGUGGGUGGGUGUGAUACGAUACUUCAGCUUCUUUCAGAAAUAUAACAUUCUGAUUGUGACACUGCGAGCUGCGUUUCCAAACGUGAUUCGAUUCUGCUGCUGUGCUGCAGCCAUUUACAUGGGCUACUGCUUCUGCGGCUGGAUUGUUCUGGGACCCUACCACGCUAAAUUCCGCUCUCUCUCUACGGUGUCGGAGUGUUUGUUUUCUCUGAUAAACGGAGAUGACAUGUUUGUGACGUUCUCUGAGGUGGAGCAGAGCGGGACUCUGGUGUGGGUGUUCAGUCAGCUGUAUCUCUACACCUUCAUCUCUCUCUUCAUCUAUAUGAUUCUGUCGCUCUUCAUCGCGCUUAUCACUGGAGCGUACGACACCAUCACACAACAAACCCAGGAAACACCUGAGGUGUCCGAACUGCAUCGGUUCAUCGCCGAAUGUACCGAUACACCAACCUCUGGAAACUUCCGCAGCCCAGAAAACUCCACAUGUUCACUCUUCUGCUGCUUCAACUAGACUAAACUGUGUGUGUGUAAUGGUGUUUGUUAGUUUCUUUUAAAGGGAAACUUUUUGGUUUCUACAGUUGAGGUAAUAGAGCAGCUCUGUGCAUGCAGAACAUUUCAACUCUUGUUAUAUUUAUUUCAUAAGCUGAAUGUUUUUCCAGUUAUUCAUGACAUCAUCACAUAGCUAAGAUGCGAUGGGAGAAAGGUGCCUCAGGUUGUUCCUGGCAGGGCACUCAGUCUUACAAGCUCCUUACGGUUAGGAUUAGGGUGGGGGUAAGGGCAUCUGCUGCCUGCCAGGAACAAACAGAGGCACCUUACAUACAUAAACAUGCCACAAACAGAAAAGUAACUUUCUAAUUCAGAUACUGCAGUGAAUCUCACAAAAACAUGUCCAGCUUAUAUUUCACCCCAAAAUCAAAACAUAAAAACAAGAAAUUAUAAGUUUACUUUUAAAGAAAAUUAAGCCAAUUUUAUAUAACAUGACAAUUUAGCAUAUUUCCCCCCAGUUUCUCAUAACUAAAUCAAAAAUUCUUUGAUAAUCACCUUUUUUUAAAAGAUUUUAACAAUCAGGCCUGAAUCAGUUUUAAAAUAUAAGUGAAAAUAGGUUGUAAAAAGGUUGUUUUUUUGUUUUUUUCUUAUCACUAUAGCUUUUAUUGUAUUUUAACUUGUUUCUUGCCAUGAAAAUAGUCGCGGAAGCUGUCAUGGCCUUAAAUCACAAACAAACAAACAAAUUCUUAUUAAAUAAAAAAAUAAUUAUUUUCAGUUGGGAUUAUUAUUUGAUUCGCAUUACUAUAAUACCAGGACGUUUUUACGAAUUGAUAUAAUAUAUAAUGAAAAUUAAAAUAAUGAAAAGUUUAAAAGUGCUUAAUUGUCAUAAUACAAAGCAAAAAAAUGCUUUGCAAAAAAUCGUAAUUGUCCAAAAAAUAGGAUUUUUUUUUUCUUUAUGCAUAAUUGUUAUUUCUCAUUUGUAUUUAUUUUUGUUAUAUAUAUAUAUACACAUUUUUGGGUUGUUUUCCGUGUGAAAUAUGACCUUUACGAGGGCUUUUUUCCCUAAUCAUUUAAAACAAACUGUCUCAUCUGUUGACUUCAAUUUCAUCAAUUCAUACAAAUUCUAAAGAUCAAAAAUGAAUUAAACAUUCAAUGAACAUCAACUCAUAUUUCAUGCCGUAAUAUUUCUAACUAGGACUAGAAUAUUAAUAGAAUAUGAAUAACUAUAUCAGAUAUUACAAAUAAAGAACAGUAUUCACUAUAAGGGCAUUUUUUGCCUUCACAUUUUGAUUUUCUGGGGUGUUUUUGCAGCAAGCCACCCUUCAUUUCUGACCCUGUUAUAUAUACACCUUUUGUUUACUGUAACGAGGAGUUAUACACGAUAAAUGCCACAUUUAAAUGCACAAACGCUUUUUUCUACAGCCGGUCUCCGCUUUUUCACAUCUCUCGUUGCAUGGUCAGCAGUGGGUGUGUGUGUGUGUGUGUGUGUGUGUGUGUGCAUGGAUAAAAGGAUGCAUAGCUUGCAGGUUUAUUUGGACAUUAAUAUUAAUGUGGACGGUGUAGCGCACCUGCCCCCUGUGCAUUUCCUCCUUUCAAAGCUGUAACAAACACACACACACACACACACACACACACUCCUUGAUUUUUGUCAAGGCUUCGGGCAUUUAGAGAGGUUUCCUCUGAAUAUUGACACACAGAUCGGUCCAUGAGGGAAAUCUUUUAGCGAUGCAGAGACACAUCAGACGAAGCUUUGUGUGUUUGAAGAAGCUGUUAUUGACUUUUCAGGAAAAGAUACUGCAGUCUGAGUUUCACUGGUCAGUCAAUUCUGAUCUGACUUUAAUUCUUGAUUAAACAGUUUUAAUGUGGUGACUUGGAAACUUUAAACAGCCGUUAUACAAGAGGGACCAGUUGAACACAGGACUGAAAGAGACUAUAGUUCAGCUUUACAAGCACAUAAGCCUGAGAGUGUCAUAAUAUUAGGAUCAAGAGUUGUUUUGUUGUUAUUUAUUUGUUAGUUUGACGAACAGCUCACGGGAGGACUCACAGUAUGUUUAUUAUUAUAUAAAAUUGGUCCACAGUAUUAAUAUUCUUCAUUAAGCAUCAUCUUCAUCUUAUAACAGUCCGUUCAUCUACUGCAGUGAAAGAGAGGGACUGUAAUUUGAUUAUUUGUUUCUGUGGUCAAAAAAAGGGAAUCUAUUGUCUUGAUUUAAUUUUUACCUAGCCAGAAUGCCUUUUUUUUUGGUGUACCUGCAUACAUUUAGUGUACUAUUGUGGUUCUGGGCACAUUUGAAUGAGAUACUGAAAUAAAUGUACUUUUACGUUUAUAAUAUUUUCAAAUGUAUUGUAUGUAAGGUUCAUCUAAGAUGCAGUUUGUCCAGUUUGUUGCAUAUUUUAUGUGAAUCAAAGGGAAUUUGUUUUUUAUGAUACAUGUUUUUUGCACAUUUUGUUUUAAAUGUUUUAAUUUAUUUGGAGUAGUGAAUGUGUAUCUGUUGUUUCUUGUGUGUUUACAUUUUAUUGAUAUAAUUAAUCUAAUAUAAAUAGGUGAAAAUGAAAUGAAAGCUGUUGUUAUGCACAGAUUUGUGUUUUCCGUGAUCAUUAUAAAUACAUCAUAAAUACUCAUUUUGAGCCCUUAAAGUCAAAUAAAAUACAUCUGUGAAUGUUAA